AUGCCUUUUGGGGUUACAAAUGCGCCUGCAGCAUUUAUGGAUUUGAUGAAUAGAAUUUUCAAACCCUUCUUGGAUGAAUUUAUCGUAGUGUUUAUUGAUGAUAUUCUCAUAUAUUCGAAAAAUAGAGAUGAACAUGAACAACAUUUAAGACAGAUUCUCCAAAUACUUAGAGAAAAACAGUUAUAUGGGAAAUUCAAAAAGUGUGAAUUUUGGCUUGUUGAAAUUGCAUUUUUGGGACAUAUCAUUAAGAAAGAUGGUAUAUCUGUUGAUCCUCAUAAAAUUGAAGCAAUCAUUAAUUGGCCUACUUCGACUAAUGUAUCAGAAGUUCAUAAUUUUAUGGGAUUGGCAGGAUAUUACCGAAGAUUUGUUAGAGACUUUUCAAAAAUUGUUGUGCCAUUGACUCAGUUAACUCGGAAAGGGGAACCAUUUGAGUGGACGAAUCAGAGAGAAACAACCUUUCAAGAGUUGACGACAAGACUGACUACAGCUCCGAUUCUUGCUAUUCCCUCAGAUGCACUUAGCAGAAAGAAUGUGGGGAAUCUUUCCUAUUUGCUCACUGAUCAAAGAGAACUGCUACUGGAGUUUGAAAAACUUGAAAUUGAAAUGGUGCCUUUUGAACAAGGUAGCUUGAUAGCUGCAAUGGUUGCCCAAGCUGCCAUUAUCGAGGAAAUUAAGCAAAAUAAAUGA